AUGAUGUCGACAACACAGACUAUAACUGUGAAGCACACUGGCUCUGUGCCUUCUGGUGAAGGCCGUGUUUCCUUAAUUCGCCUCGAAACGACUAGUUUUCAAUCCAGCGAAGAUGAGAGACAGGACACUGAGCAGCUCGCCACUCAGAUUUCCAAGCUUCGGAGCAUAAUUAUCGUGUUCCAAAUGAGCGGCAAUACAAUGCUCUCGAGUAUCAUCAAUGGUCUCGUCACCGUUGGUCUUCCCACAAUUGCAAAAGACCUUCAAUUGCCUUCAUCGCUAUCUUUCUGGCCGGUGUCAGUGUCUGGACUAGCAACUGCCUCAACCUUGUUGCUGGCAGGCUCCUUGGCAGAUGUCGUCGGGCCACGAUGGGUGGACCUUACUGGAACUUUUGCAAGUGGCGCAUUGAUGCUUGGGAUGGGGUUUGCGAAGAAAGGCACGGAGAUGGUUGCGAUGCGUGCCAUCCAAGGCGUCGGUCUCGCACUUCACCUGGCAUCAGCUGUCGGCAUUGCCACUCAAGUUUUUCCUCAGGGGAAAAGCAGAAACAUGGCUUUCGCAUGCCUCGGUAUGAGUCAACCUGUUGGUUUCUGUGUUGGUCUUGUUCUGGGUGGAGUUUUCGUGGACACCGUCGGCUGGCGAGUCGGCUGGUACAUCUCAGGCAGUGCUGCUCUAUUUCUUUCGAUCGUUGGUUUAUGGGCCCUCCCAGGGAACAGACAUCCUCUUCAACGUGUGAAAAUUCUGCAUGAUAUGAAACACAAGAUUGACUGGGUUGGUGCGAUACUUGCGUCUGCUUUUAUGGCGCUUCUUUGCUACUUGCUCGCUAUCCUCAGCUCAAAUGUGUAUCGUAUCAAGGAAACUGCUAGCAUUGUCAUACUUUGUUUGGCUGCGCUUGCGUUGCCUUCAUUCAUCACAUGGAUUCACUACCAGGUUCGCCGCGGAAGACCAGCACUCAUUCCCAAUGCGUUCUGGAGGAAUCCAACCUUCUCGAGCAUAUGUGCUACCAUCGCACUAUCAUUUGCAGUGAUCAACUCCAUGGAGCUAUUCGCGAGUUUAUUUUUCCAAGAGAUUCAACAACUGUCUGCUCUUCAAGCAUCCAUUCGCAUCCUCCCAAGUCUGGUUGUUGGGGUCCUCGUCCAAGUAACUGCAGGUUUCUUCGUCCACAGAGUACCUGCCAUCUGGAUUGUGGUGCUCACUGCCAUUUUGUGCUCGCUAUCACCCUUGCUCAUGGCCACCGCUCAGCCAGCCUGGCCAUACUGGGCAAAUACCUUUGUGGCUCAAUUGCUGCAACCGGUCAACUGCAACGCUCUCUUUACCGUCGGCCUCAUAAUCAUCACAGAUAUUUUCCCGGAGGAUACCAAGGCUCUUGCAGGAGCAGUGUUCAACACAGCAGCGCAAUUCGGCACUGCCCUCGGAUUUGCGAUUCUGCAGGUCAUCUCGUCAGUUGUUACUGAGAACAAAGAAGUCAACAAAGAUGACAUUUCUGCGUUGCUGGCUGGAUAUCGCGCAAGCUUUUGGACCAUGUUUGCUUUCAUGCUACUCUGUACCGCCAUUUCAGGGCUUGGUCUCCGAAAGACUGGGCGAAUUGGACUGAAGCGGGAUUGA